AUGGAGAACAUCAAACAGACGAUUGAUCAAGGAGUACAGGAACUAGGUUGUGAAGAUGACUCUGGAACCAUUACAGAUUAUAUAUUUGGUAUCGUAGCUGAUAAUGACACGAGUGAUUCUGAUAAAAAGGAGUCACUCUUUGAAUUUAUGACUUCUAUCACUGCUGCUACCGAACAACAUUGUAAUGAAUUAAUAGAAAAGUUGAUAGUAUUAUUCAAUGAUACAAAGAAACAAAAGCAACAAGAAGAAAAGGAAUUGUUAGAGAUUAUAAAAAAGCAACAGGAAUUGAAAAUAAAACAGGUAACAUCUGAAGAGAUUAUCAUCGAUGAUGAAUCCUCUUCCAAUAGACUAUCAAAGGAAGAACAAAGAAGAAGAGAUUUAAUCAUUUCUAGAUAUGAUGAAACAGAGGAAUUAGAUGAAAAUGGAGAUAUUAUCUAUACAGAUAAUACAGAUAAAAAAAAAGAAGAACUCACAAAGACGGUAUCGUCGCUUGGUGCCAAUGUCAACACAAAGAGAAUUGUCGAUGCUGAAAAGGAGAAAAGAGAAAGAUCAAAAGUAGAUCACCAAAAAAAGGUACAAAGAGAUAAAGAUGCUUUGGCAAAACAAAAGAAAGAUGAAGAAAAGAAAAAGACAACUAAAAAGGAAAAGAGAAGAUUAUAA